AAGUCGGCCGGCUACUUGUUUGCCGCUUGGUAAUUCAGAUUUUUCUCAAGCAAAUUUAGUGUGUGUUUGGCCUUCGUGUGGUAUGCUUUUACGGCCAGACAUUUUUAAUUAAAUAAAUUUGAACGCUGUAAGUGUAUACUAAAUACAAGUUAAUUAUCGAACAAUAUUAGACACAUUUUAAAAAAUUAUUGUGCAAUAAAAAACAAAAACAGUGAAAAAAUUAUUUAUCAGUAGCUGACUGAGGAUUUUGAAUGCAAUUGGAGCGAAUUUUUUAAUCACUGAAUAUUUUAAGCAACGAAAAUUGAUGCUUCAUCUUUAAAGUAAUCAUCUUUAAAAAAGUGUUUAAUAUAUAAUUUUUUAUAUACAAAAAGUAAGAAAUAUAUAAACUGGCUGCAAAUAGCGUUUGUAAGACGUGGUGAAGUGGUUUAAAACGUUCCCAAAAUGAGCGGUUCUACGGCGGCCAGUUUAAGUUGGCUGUCCGCUAUUUAUUUUCUGGUUUUAAUAGCCACAACGACAACAAAUGCAGCAAUCGAAGAGGGUUUCUCGUGUCCAAAUGGCUGGGAAUUGCGUGGCCUUAACUGUUAUAAAUACUUCAACAUAAAACAUUCAUGGGAAAAGAGCGCUGAGCUGUGUCGAAGAUAUGGCGCCGAACUCGUGGCUAUUGACACCUACGCGGAGAAUAACAACACUUUGGCGAUUGCGCGCACAAACGAUCCCAAUCGACGCGCUUCUGAUAAGUACUGGUUAGGUUUGGCUUCGCUGGAUGAUCUGCGCACCAACACCUUGGAGUCCGCUUCGGGUGCGCUCAUCUCGCAAUACUCCGGUUUCUGGUCACUGAAUCAACCCGAUCCAAUGUCUGGUGAAUGUGUUGCUGCCACCUUCGCGUCGCGCAUGCAAUCCUGGGGUUUGGACACCUGCGAGAGUCUGCUGCCGUUCAUGUGUCGCGCGCCGGCGUGUCCACAAAACUCCAUACACUGCUCGAAUGGUUUGUGCGUCAAUCAGGCGUUCAAGUGUGAUGGCUCUGAUGACUGUGGCGACGGUUCGGAUGAGUUGGAUUGUCCGGCGCAGUGUCAUUAUCACAUGCAAUCCGGCGGUGAUGUGAUUGAGACGCCAAACUAUCCUCAUAAAUAUGCGGCGAUGAGCAAAUGCAAGUGGACGCUGGAGGGUCCAUUGGGUAGUAAUAUAAUUUUGCAGUUCCAAGAGUUCGAAACGGAGAAGACUUUCGAUACGGUGCAAGUGUUGGUCGGUGGACGCACGGAAGAUAAGUCAGUGUCGUUGGCAACGCUGAGCGGCAAGUUGGAUUUGACGAUGCAACCAUUUGUGUCGGCAUCCAAUUUUAUGAUUGUGAAAUUCACUACGGAUGGUAGUGUGGAGCGUAAGGGUUUCCGUGCCACGUGGAAGACGGAGGCGAAGAAUUGUGGCGGUGUGUUGAAGGCGAAUCUGCAGCGUCAAACUUUGACGAGCCCUAAUUAUCCGAAACAAUAUCCCGGCGGUUUGGAGUGUUUGUACAUCAUCAAAGCGCAAGCCGGACGCAUUAUUUCGAUUGAGGUAGAUGACUUGGAUGUGGCUGAGGGACGUGAUGUGUUGCUCAUACGUGAUGGUGAAUCACCAAUGAGUCGUCCUAUUGCUCAUUUGACUGGUAAAGCUAAGGAUAAUGAGAAGGUCAUUAUCUCGACGGGCAAUGCUUUGUAUCUCUACUUCAAAUCGAGCUUGGGUGAGUCCGGCAAGGGCUUUAGCUUGCGUUACAUACAGGGCUGCAAGGCUACAAUCACCGCACGUAAUGGUACUGUAACCUCACCUGCUUAUGGUUUGGAAGAUUAUCCAAAGAACCAGGAAUGCUAUUUCACCAUACGCAAUCCAAGCCGUUCACCACUUUCGUUGAAAUUCGAUAAAUUCAUGGUACACAAGAGCGACUUCGUACAAGUCUAUGAUGGUUCAUCCACAGCUGGUCUGCGGUUGCACUCAGGUGAUGGUUUCACUGGCACCGUAGCGCCUAAACUUACAUUGACUGCUUCGUCCGGCGAGAUGUUGAUCAAAUUCACCUCAGAUGCGCUCCACAAUGCGGCUGGCUGGUCCGCCACUUACUCUGCCGACUGUCCCGAGCUCAAACCCGGUAUUGGUGCUUUAGCUUCGAGUCGUGAUACCGCUUUUGGCACUGUUGUGAAAUUCACCUGUCCUAUCGGCCAAGAGUUUGCAACCGGCAAGAAUAAGAUCGUUACCGAGUGCAUGAAGGGUGGCAACUGGAGCGUCUCGUACAUACCAAAAUGUCAAGAGGUCUACUGUGGUCCUGUGCCGCAAAUCGAUAACGGUUUCUCGAUCGGCUCCUCGAACGUCACAUAUCGUGGCGUCGCCAUGUAUCAAUGUUACGCCGGCUUCGCUUUCGCUUCGGGCGCACCCAUUGAAAAGAUUUCCUGUCUGCCCGAUGGCCGUUGGGAACGUACACCCACUUGUAUGGCUUCGCAAUGCUCACCACUACCAGAAGUGCCACACGCAAAUGUGACGCUGUUGAAUGGCGGUGGCCGCAGUUACGGUACUAUCGUGCAAUACGAGUGCGAAUCGGGUUAUGAGCGUAAUGGACAUCCUGUGUUGAUUUGUAUGUCUAAUGGCACUUGGAGCGGUGAUGUGCCACGUUGCACGCGCAAACGUUGUUACGAAUACCCGAAAAUCGAUAAUGGUUUCGUUGUGGACUCAGCGCGUCCGUACUUCUUUGGCGACGAUGCGCGUGUACAGUGCUAUAAGGGUUACAAGCUGAUCGGUAGCAAUAUUAUACGUUGCAAUUCAGAGCAGAUCUUUGAGAAUCCACCCACUUGUGAAGAUAUCAACGAGUGCACAUCGACACAAUGCGACUUGGCCACAACGGAGUGCAUGAACACGAAUGGCUCGUUCCAUUGUCAAUGCCGCAGCGGUUUUGCGCCAACGCCAGAGUGCCGUCCUGUCGGCGAUUUAGGUUUGGCUAAUGGUGGCAUACCCGAUGACAGCAUAAUGACCUCGUCCAGUGAGGAGGGUUACUCAAAGGGUCUGGUACGUCUCAAUUCAGGUGGUUGGUGUGGCGCGCUUGUCGAACCGGGCGCAAAUUGGAUUUUGAUUGAUCUUAAGGCACCAACAAUACUACGUGGCUUCCGUACGAUGUCCGUACAGCGUUUCGAUGGCAAUGUCGCCUUCACCUCUGCCGUGCGUCUACAAUAUACUGACGAUCUUACCGAUGUAUUCAAAGACUAUACCAAUCCCGAUGGCACAGCUGUCGAAUUCCGCAUAUUAGAACCCACUCUGUCGAUACUCAAUCUACCAAUGCCCAUUGAGGCGCGUUACAUACGCUUCCGCAUACAAGAUUAUGUCGGCGCCCCAUGUAUACGUAUGGAGUUGAUGGGCUGCACACGCUUGGAUUGUGUGGAUAUUAAUGAGUGCGCGAAGAAUAAUGGCGGUUGCGAUCAGAAAUGUGUGAACUCACCCGGUAGUUAUGGUUGCUCUUGUAAUACGGGCUACCAACUCUUCGCUGCCAAUGGCACAGCCGGCUAUAGCAUUGAACGCACUGAAACUGGGGAACGCGAUGGCGAUACUUAUCAGCGUAAUAAGACUUGUGUGCCACUCAUGUGCCCACCGCUGUUGGAGCCAGAGAAUGGCAAGCUCUUGACCGACAAGAACGAUCAUCAUUUCGGCGAUAUUGUGCGUUUCCAGUGCAACUUUGGUUAUAUUAUGUCGGGCAGCUCUGCUGUGCUUUGUUUGUCCACUGGUCAAUGGAAUGCCACGGUACCAGAAUGUAACUAUGCCAAAUGUGUUUCCUUGCCUGAUGACAAACUGGAGGGUCUCUCGGUAGAACGUCCAGAUCCUGAAUCUGUGCUUGUUCCCUUCCGUGAUAAUGUAACUAUCACCUGCAGUGCGCCUGGUCGUAAGCUACGUAACACAGCCACUUCCGGUUUCCGUCAGUGUGUGUAUGAUCCCAAACCUGGUUUACCCGACUACUGGCUAUCCGGUUCACAGCCUUCUUGUCCACGCGUUGAUUGCUAUCAACCAAUGCCAACACCUGGUGCUGAAUAUGGUCAAUUUGUGGACACACGCUUCCAAAGCUCGUUCUUCUUCGGCUGUCAGAAUACAUUCAAGUUGGCCGGACAGACGUCACGUCACGAUAAUGUCGUGCGUUGUCAGUCUGAUGGUAUUUGGGACUUUGGCGAUUUACGUUGUGAAGGUCCUGUGUGUGAGGAUCCUGGUCGUCCAAGUGAUGGUCGUCAAAUCGCGCGCAGUUACGAACAGGGUUCGGAAGUGUACUUCGGCUGCAAUCGUCCCGGUUAUAUAUUGAUUAAUCCUCGUCCGAUUACUUGUAUACGCGAACCUGAGUGCCGUGUGAUCAAGCCAUUGGGUGUUACUUCUGGUAAGAUACCCGAUUCUGCAAUAAAUGCCACCUCGGAACGUCCCAACUAUGAGGCAAAAAAUAUACGUUUGAACUCUGCGACUGGCUGGUGUGGCAAGCAGGAAGCAUUCACUUAUGUCAGCGUCGAUUUGGGUCAGAUACAUCGUGUGAAGGCGAUUUUGGUUAAGGGUGUGGUCACCAAUGACAUUGUUGGACGUCCCACUGAGAUACGUUUCUUCUACAAACAAGCUGAGAAUGAGAAUUAUGUUGUGUAUUUCCCCAAUUUCAAUUUGACUAUGCGCGAUCCUGGCAACUAUGGUGAAUUGGCGAUGAUUACACUGCCGAAAUAUGUGCAGGCACGUUUCGUUAUUUUGGGUAUCGUCAGUUACAUGGAUAAUGCAUGCUUGAAGUUCGAGCUGAUGGGUUGUGAAGAACCCAAGAAAGAACCACUACUAGGUUAUGACUAUGGCUACUCACCAUGUGUGGACAAUGAACCACCAAUCUUCCAGAACUGCCCACAACAACCGAUCAUAGUAAGACGUGAUGAGAACGGUGCUGUGUUGCCGGUCAACUUCACCGAACCCACUGCUGUUGACAAUUCCGGCUCAAUUGCGCGUCUUGAAGUCAAGCCACAAAACUUUAAGACACCCUCGUAUGUGUUCAAGGAUACUGUAGUGAAAUACGUGGCCUUCGAUUAUGAUGGUAAUGUGGCGAUUUGCGAGAUCAAUAUCACGGUGACAGAUGUCACACCACCACUGCUACAAUGUCCACAAAGUUAUGUAAUCGAGUUAGUAGAACGUCAGGAUAGCUACAAUGUGAACUUCAACGAUACACGCAAGCGCAUUAAGACCUCCGACGAAUCUGGUGAAGUGCGUGUCACUUACACACCCGAGCGUGCUGUUAUACCCAUCGGCGGGUAUGAGAAUGUUACCGUUACUGCCACUGACAAGUACAACAAUCGUGCUUUCUGUCACUUCCAAGUCUCGGUGCAGGCUUCACCGUGCGUGGAUUGGGAACUGCAACCGCCAGCGAAUGGCGCUAUCAAUUGUCUACCAGGCGAUCGUGGUAUUGAGUGUAUUGCGACUUGUAAACCAGGCUUCCGUUUCACUGAUGGCGAACCAUUGAAAUCAUUCUCUUGCGAGACAUCACGUUUAUGGAAACCCACAUCGGUUGUACCCGACUGCGUUUCGGAAAAUACCGAACAAGCUGACUAUCAAGUCACCGCUACUGUCACCUAUCGCGCUAACGGCGCCGUUGCACAGGCGUGUCUCAAUCAAUAUCAAGAUAUGCUGGCACAACACUAUGCCGGUUUAAAUCGUCUGCUGUCGCAGCGUUGCUCGGCUGUUAAUGUUAAUAUGAAUGUGUCCUUCGUGAAAUCGGUACCUAGUUUGUUGGAGGAGAAUGUGGUAAAGAUGGACUUUAUACUCUCGAUUCUGCCCGCCGUCAGACAACCACAACUGUACGAACUUUGCGGCUCCACACUCAACCUGAUCUUCGACUUGAGUGUGCCCUACGCCAGCGCCGUCAUCGAUUCGUUGCUGAAUAUCUCCAACAUCGGCAAUCAGUGUCCACCGCUGCGUGCGCUUAAGAGCAAUAUUUCGCGUGGUUUCACUUGCAGCGUUGGUGAAGUGUUGAAUAUGGAUACAAGCGAUGUGCCACGUUGUCUACAUUGUCCCGCUGGUACUUAUGUCAUAACUGGACAAAGCGUGUGCACUAACUGCCCACGUGGAUACUAUCAGAACCGCGAUCGUCAGGGCACCUGUCUACGUUGUCCGGCUGGCACAUACACAAAGGAAGAAGGUUCGAAGGCGCUCGCUGAUUGUAUACCCGUCUGCGGUUUCGGCACAUACUCGCCAACUGGGCUGGUGCCUUGUUUAGAGUGUCCACGUAACUCGUACACUGGUGAGCCACCAACUGGCGGCUUCAAGGAUUGCACCGCCUGUGCACAGAAUACAUUCACCUUCCAACCGGCUGCCUCUACAAAGGAUCUGUGUCGUCAAAAGUGCGCACCUGGCUUCUACUCAUACACCGGUUUGGCUCCUUGCUCACCCUGCCCAGUCAACUACUAUCAGAGCGCUAUCGGCGCACAAACUUGCAAUGAAUGCCCGACAAAUAUGCGUACCGAAGGUCCGGGCGCCAAAGGACGUGAGGAGUGUAAACCAGUGGUGUGUGGUGAAGGCGCUUGUAUGCACGGCGGUCUUUGUGUGCCCAUGGGACAUGGUGUGCAGUGCUUCUGUCCGGCUGGUUUCUCUGGCAGACGUUGUGAGAUCGAUAUUGAUGAAUGUGCUUCGCAGCCUUGUUACAAUGGCGGUUCUUGUACCGAUCUGCCACAAGGUUAUCGCUGUGAGUGCCCAGCCGGCUACUCUGGCAUCAAUUGUCAGGAGGAAGUGAGUGAUUGCGGUAAUGAUACUUGUCCAGCGCGCGCUAUGUGUAAGAAUGAACCUGGCUUUAAAAACUACACCUGCUUGUGUCGUAGCGGUUAUACUGGCGCUGAUUGUGAUGUCACCAUCGAUCCCUGCACUGCGAAUGGCAAUCCAUGCGGAAAUGGCGCUAGCUGUUUGGCUUUACAACAGGGUCGCUACAAAUGCGAUUGCUUGCCCGGCUGGGAGGGUAUACACUGCGAACACAAUAUUGAUGACUGUGCCGAGAAUCCUUGCCUAUUAGGCGCUAACUGUACCGAUCUAGUAAAUGACUUCCAAUGUAGUUGUGCGUCUGGUUUCACCGGUAAACGUUGCGAGGAGAAGAUCGAUUUGUGCUUGUCGGAGCCUUGUAAACAUGGCACCUGCGUAGAUCGCCUUUUCGAUCAUGAGUGUGUCUGUCAUCCGGGUUGGACUGGUGAUGCUUGCGAUAUGAACAUUGACGAUUGCGCUGAAGAACCAUGUGCCAAUGAUGGUGUUUGCGUGGACUUAGCGAACGGUUACAGCUGUACUUGCGAGCCUGGUUAUACUGGCAAGAAUUGUCAGCAUACCAUUGACGACUGUGAAUCGAACCCAUGUCAGAAUGGCGCUACCUGUGUGGAUCAAUUGGAUGGUUUCACCUGCAAGUGUCGUCCAGGUUUUGUUGGUCUCAGUUGUGAAGCGGAAAUCGAUGAGUGUUUGAGCGAUCCAUGCAACCCUGUAGGCACUGAGCGUUGCCUCGAUUUGGAUAAUAAAUUUGAGUGCGUCUGCCGCGAAGGUUUCACCGGCUCAUUCUGUGAGACGGAUAUUGAUGAUUGCGAGGCAAGUCCAUGCUUAAAUGGCGGUCAGUGUCGCGAUCGUGUUGCUGGCUUUGAGUGUACUUGCUUGGAUGGUUGGCGCGGUGUGCGUUGCGAGCGUCAAAUUACAUCGUGUGGUGGUCAAUCGCCAUGCCAGAAUGACGCUAACUGCAUUGACUUAUUCCAGGACUACUUCUGUGUGUGCCCAAGUGGCACGGAUGGCAAGAAUUGUGAGACAGCGCCCGAACGUUGCAUCGGCAACCCCUGUAUGCAUGGCGGCAAGUGUCAAGAUUAUGGCUCCGGACUGAAUUGCACAUGUCCAGCUGAUUUCUCUGGUAUCGGCUGUCAAUACGAAUUCGAUGCUUGCGAUGCUAAUGUUUGCCAGAACGGUGCUACCUGCAUUGAUUACGGCAACGGCUACUCCUGCGCCUGUCCACCUGGUUAUACUGGUAAAAACUGCGAAGAUGAUAUUGUCGAUUGUAAGGACAACUCAUGUCCACCUGGCGCUACAUGCAUCGAUUUGACAAAUGGUUUCUACUGUCAGUGCGCCUUCAAUAUGACUGGCGAUGAUUGUCGCAAGACCAUACAAGUAGACUACGAUUUAUAUUUCAGCGAUCCGCUACGUUCAACUGCCGCGCAAGUGGUACCUUUCUACACCGGCGAGUCAAACAGUCUAACUAUAGCAAUGUGGGUGCAAUUCGCACAGAAGGACGAUACUGGCAUCUUCUUCACACUUUAUGGCGUGCAAUCAGCACAUAUUGCCAACCAUCGCCGCCUAUUACUACAAGCACAUUCAAGUGGUGUGCAAGUUUCCAUCUUCGAAGAUCUGCCCGACGCUUUCCUCUCCUUCGGCGAGUACACUUCAGUGAAUGACGGACAAUGGCAUCAUGUGGCCAUACUCUGGGAUGGUGUCACCGGUCAACUGCAAUUGAUUACAGAGGGUCUUAUCGCUAGCAAAUUGGAAUAUGGUGGCGGACGUACUAUGCCACAAUAUAUUUGGUCCGUACUUGGACGUCCACAACCCGAUGAGACAAGAAAUUCCGCAUCAUACGCCGAAUCUGGUUUCCAAGGUACAAUUACUAAAGCGCAAGUUUGGGGACGUGCCCUGGACAUCACCUCCGAAAUACAAAAGCAAGUGCGAGAUUGCCGCUCAGAGCCUGUACUCUAUCAUGGUCUUAUACUAAACUGGGCCGGUUAUGAAGUAACAUCGGGUGGCGUUGAACGUACGGUACCAUCAAUGUGCGGCCAACGUAAAUGUCCUAACGGUUAUCAAGGUCCAAAUUGCCAACAAUUGGUUGUUGAUAAAGAACCACCAAUUGUCGAGCAUUGCCCAGGUGACUUGUGGGUCAUAGCUAAGAAUGGUUCAGCUGUUGUGACAUGGGAUGAGCCACACUUCAGCGACAACAUUGGCGUAACGAAAAUUGUCGAACGUAACGGCCAUCGCCCGGGCACCACACUGCUAUGGGGUUCCUAUGACAUAACCUAUAUAGCUUCGGAUGCAGCAGGCAAUACGGCCACAUGCAGCUUCAAGGUUGCUUUGUUAACCGAAUUCUGUCCACCUUUGGCCGAUCCAGUUGGCGGUGUGCAAGUCUGCAAAGAUUGGGGCGCAGGCGGUCAGUUUAAGGUUUGCGAGAUCUCUUGUAAUACUGGCUUACGCUUCUCUGAGGAUGUACCUGACUUCUAUACAUGUGGUGCUGAAGGCUUCUGGCGUCCAACACGCGAACCAUCCAUGCCGCUGAUUUAUCCAUCUUGCUCACCAUCCAAACCCGCUCAACGUGUCUUCCGCAUUAAGAUGCUCUUCCCAUCGGAUGUACUCUGCAACAAGGCUGGUCAAGGUGUGCUACGUCAAAAGGUGACGAACUCAGUGAAUGCUCUCAAUCGUGACUGGAACUUCUGCUCAUACUCUGUGGAGGGUACACGCGAAUGCAAGGAUAUCAAGAUUGAUGUGAAAUGCGAUCACUAUCGUGCAGCGCAAAGUCAACGCGUGAGUCGCCAAGUCAAGGAUGGCGGUGUAUACGUGAUGGAAGCCGAGAUUCCAGUGCUCAACGAGAACGAUGAGGUCGAGCCGCGCGGUCGUCAAGGACGCCAACAAGCUGGCGGCGAUACGUACAUGCUGGAGAUACUCUUCCCAGCAGUAAACGACCCGGUUAUACACUCGAGCACAGGUGAACGUUCGACCGUUAAGAAUCUCUUGGAAAAACUCAUAUUGGAAGAUGAUCAGUUCGCCGUGCAAGAUAUACUGCCCAACACCGUGCCCGAUCCAGCUUCAUUGGAAUUGGGUUCGGAGUAUGCUUGCCCCGUCGGUCAAGUGGUUAUGAUACCCGACUGUGUGCCAUGUGCCAUUGGCACCUACUACGAUACGGCCAAUAAGACUUGUGUCGCCUGUGAGCGUGGCACUUAUCAAUCGGAGGCGGGUCAACUGCAAUGCAGCAAGUGUCCAGUAAUCGCUGGCCGUCCGGGUGUUACUGCUGGUCCUGGCGCACGCUCUGCUGCCGAUUGUAAGGAACGUUGUCCAGCUGGUAAAUACUUCGACUCGGACACUGGCUUGUGUCGCUCUUGCGGUCAUGGCUUCUACCAGCCCAGCGAAGGUUCAUUCAGUUGUGAACUUUGCGGUCUCGGUCAAACAACACGUUCCAGUGAGGCUACCUCACGCAAGGAAUGUCGCGAUGAAUGCAGUUCUGGUCAACAACUCGGCAUCGACGGCCGCUGCGAACCCUGUCCACGUGGCACUUACCGCACACAGGGCGUACAACCCUCAUGCGUCAAUUGUCCACUCGGCCGCACAACACCCAAAGUGGGCGCCAACUCUGUGGAGGAAUGCACACUGCCCGUCUGCUCACCCGGUACUUAUCUCAAUGGUACACUCAAUAUGUGCGUGGAAUGCCGUAAGGGUUACUACCAACCGGAUUCACAGCAAACUUCCUGUAUACAAUGUCCACCCAAUCACAGCACAAAGAUCACCGGCGCCACUGCGAAAUCGGAGUGCACCAACCCAUGCGAACAUAUUGCCGAAGGUCGGCCACACUGUGACCCCAAUGCCUAUUGCAUAUUGGUGCCCGAAACGUCGGACUUCCAGUGUGAGUGCAAGCCUGGCUUCAAUGGUACCGGCAUGGAGUGUACAGACAUGUGUCAUGGCUACUGCGAGAAUUCCGGCACUUGUGUUAAGGAUCUCAAGGGUACACCAUCGUGCCGUUGCAUCGGCUCAUUCACUGGUCCACACUGUGCGGAACGCUCUGAGUUUGCUUACAUUGCCGGUGGUAUUGCGGGUGCCGUUAUCUUUAUUAUCGUGAUUGUACUUCUGAUUUGGAUGAUCUGCGUGCGUUCGACGAAGCGACGUGAUCCCAAGAAGAUGCUGACGCCUGCUAUUGAUCAGACAGGUUCACAGGUGAACUUCUACUAUGGUGCGCAUACGCCUUAUGCGGAGUCCAUUGCGCCGUCGCAUCACAGCACCUAUGCGCAUUACUAUGAUGAUGAGGAGGACGGCUGGGAGAUGCCGAACUUCUACAAUGAGGCGUACAUCAAGGAUGGCGGUGGUCUGCAUGGCGGUAAAAUGAGUACAUUGGCGAGGUCGAAUGCUUCGCUGUAUGGAACUAAAGAAGACUUAUACGAUCGACUGAAACGACACGCGUACACUGGCAAGAAAGAGAAGAGCGACAGUGACAGUGAAGUACAAUAAGCGCAAAUCGCUACGAACUCGAAACACACACACACAUACACACAUACAUAAACACAUGCAUUGAAGUGUGCCGUCCAACAAUGGAUGGCAAUAAAGAAUUGUGGUCAUAAAACUAACGAAUCAGCGUCACAUGGAAAAUCUGUAAGCGACGCCGCUGAUACAUUGUAUUUAAAUGCGAAUAGGUUUUAGUUUAGUACCGUACGAUUUAGUAGUGAAGUGGAGCAGGCAAAUGGUAAGCAUGAGACAGUAAAGUAAAGUGGUGAGAAUAAAAAUAAAA